AUGGCAGCCCAAAGAACCUUGAGGGAGCUUGCAACCCCGAAUGUUAACCAACAGCCUCUGUGCAUCACGUACCUUGACACUGAGGAGGCUUUUGAAUUAAAAUCUGGUUUGAUUCACUUAUUACCUACUUUUCGUGGUGUUGCAGGAGAGGACCCACACAAGCACUUGAAGGAAUUCCAUGUAGUGUGUUCAACCAUGAGACCUCAGGGAGUCACUGAGGAACAAAUCAAGUUGCGUGCCUUUCCGUUUUCCUUAGCAGAUAAGGCUAAGGACUGGUUGUUCUACUUGCCAUCGGGGUCCAUCACUACGUGGGAAGCAUUAAAACGACAAUUCCUUGAGAAGUUCUUCCCAGCCUCCAGGGCCGCCAACAUCAGAAAGGAGAUAUGUGGAGUUAGGCAAGCAAAUGGAGAGAUUCUCUAUGAAUACUGGGAGCGGUUCAAACAACUGUGUGCCAGUUGCCCACAUCAUCAAAUUCCUGACCAACUGUUAAUCCAGUAUUUCUACGAGGGACUCCAACCCAUGGAUAGGAGUAUGGUCGAUCCAGCUAGUGGAGGAGCUCUAGUUAAUAAGACAACAGAUGAAGGCAAGUUGUUGAUCUCAAAUAUGGCCGAGAAUUCGCAACAGUUCGGAGUCAGGUUCGAGGGCAUAACUAGGAGGGUCAAUGAGGUGAAUCAUUCUGACUUGGCAAAUAAGUUAACUGAGCUAACUGCCUUGGUUCGUCAAAUGGUAGUGGGGCAGGUACAGGCAGUUAAAACCUGUGGGAUAUGUGCUGCUCCUGAACAUGCGACCGAUAUGUGCCCGACUCUUCAAGAAGAUCCGUACGAGCAAGCCAGUGCCAUGGAAGGCAUGUUUGGACCUCCCCAAAGAAGAAAUGACCCCUAUGCACCCACAUACAAUCCAGGGUGGCGAAAUCACCCCAACUUCAGCUAUGCUCAGAAACCUUCGGGUUUCCAGCAAUCAUUCCAGCAGAGGCCACCUGUACAGUAA